GCUUGGUUCAAAUGCCGAUCGCAGUUGCGGGGUUGCCCAUCAGAUGUCAUCCAUCCCUGCCGUGGCUUGAGUCUCUCCAAUAGCUGUCCGGUCUAAGAGCUCAACCCCAGACAACAUGCUUGGCUACUGCACUCCGCGCAUUUCUCGGGCUUUGCCAGAUGGACCAUGAAGGGUGGAUGAUGCGCGCCCAGACCCCACACCUGUGUGAUAUCUUCGUCCAGCUUCAACCUGCGGAAUUCUCGACCUCGUUUUCUGCUUUCCACCUAGGCGAGGGCGACAUUUUGCGUGCAUAAAUAGCUUCUUGUCGCCUCCCUUGUUUGUUCUCUCCCCAAGCUACCCCAAGGUCUUCGUGGGAUACGCCAGCGACAUUCCGAAAUACCCUACCAAGUGUCGAGUCGACUUCACGAUGGCCACCUUUGACGACAAAACUGUGCGCGAGGCUCAUGCCGAAGAUGUCGAGUCGGGUCGCGCGUCCAAAGACAUCACCGAGCGUCGGGCUUCUCUGAAGCACGCCGACCGAGCUCUUGCUAUUGUGGGAGACCAGCGCGUGGAGUUGACCGAAGAAGAUAACAAACGCAUCCGGCGCAAGACCGACAAAGUCAUCCUGGUCAUCCUUGUCUGGGUCUACUUCCUCCAGAUUCUCGACAAGUCCGUCCUCGGCUACGGCGCUCUUUUCGGCCUCACAACAGACACAAACCUCACCGGGGACCAAUACUCCUUUCUAGGAUCUAUUGCCCCCAUUGCACAACUAGCGUGGCAGCCAUUCUCGUCCUUCCUGAUUGUCCGAGUCCCCCAUCGCAUCCUCAUGCCGGCGCUCUGCCUCGGAUGGGGUAUUGCUCAAGCUUCGAUGGCCGCCUGCCAUAAUUAUAGCUCGCUUCUGGCCGCUCGGUUCUUCCUUGGAUUGUUUGAAGCCGGCUGUCUACCACUUUUCAGCGUCAUCACCAGCCAAUGGUAUCGCCGCGCAGAGCAACCACUUCGCGUUGCGGCUUGGUACGGUACCAACGGAAUUGCCACCAUCGCGGCUUCAGCGCUCUCCUACGGGCUGGGCCAUAUCCCUUCGCAUACUCUGCAAGAAUGGCAGAUCAUUUUCCUUUUCGUCGGCCUUGUCACCAUCGUCUCUGCCCCACUUGUUUGGUAUUUCCUCGACAACGACAUUCCCUCGGCGCGAUUUCUGACGGAACACGAAAAGGCUCAGGCCAUUGAACGCCUUCGUGCCAAUCAAACCGGCACAGGCAACCGCGAAUACAAAUGGGACCACAUCCUCGAGCUGGCCUUGGAGCCCAAGACGUAUCUCUGGAUUGGCCUCUCUCUCCUGCUCAACGUGGGCGCCUCGGUCACCAACACGUUUGGCCCACUCAUUCUCCAAGGUGUCGGCUUCGACAAAUACAAGACGUCACUGCUCAAUAUGCCUUUCGGUGCGAUGCAAUUCAUUGUCAUCCUGCUCGCUUCCUACGCAGCUCAGAAGGCGAAGCUCAAGUCCUUUGUCCUUGCCGGUCUCAUGCUGCCAGUCAUUGCUGGUCUGGCUGUUCUCUACGUUCUCCCGCGCACCUCAGGUUCCACCGCCGGGCUCUUGGUUGCCUAUUAUCUCCUUGCGUUCCUUUUUGGCGGUAACCCGCUGAUUGUCUCGUGGAUCGUUGGCAACACCGCCGGCAGCACCAAGAAAUCCGUCAUCAUGUCACUCUACAACGCGGGCUCGAGCGCCGGCAACAUCAUCGGCCCGCUCCUCUUCAACAAGAAGGACGCGCCCGCCUACCAUCCCGGCCUGCGCAAGGUUCUCGCAAUCUUCGUCACGAUGGUCGCCGUCAUCUUCAUCCAGUUGGCGAACCUGAUCUUCCUGAACAAGCUGCAGUCCAGAAAACGGGUCAAGAACGGCAAGGCCGCCAAGAUCAAGGAUCACUCGAUGGAAGACAAGUACGUCGCCAUGGACGAGACGGAGGUCGGGCAGAGGCUGGGUGAGAAUGCCUUUUUGGAUCUCACUGAUCGCAAGAACGAUGAGUUUACGUACCUUUAUUGAUUGGAUUGGAUGGGGAGGGCUCGGAUCUGAAGCGCAAUCUGUUGCAUCUGGCUAGCUCAGCUGCCUUGCUCAUUGUAAGGAGGUCGUAGCACUACUGCAAGUAUAGUUGGUUAAUUGAUCAUAUCUUUCUUCGAAUAUGGCACCACUACUGCUUUGAAAGAUCUGGGUGUUAGGACGUUAACCGAGUUCAAGCACACCACUCAGUACGAAUAGUCUCGCUUGAAGGCUACACCGCUUGAGAGGGGACACAAGUUUAUGUGCAUCAUCAAUCUGAGUCCAGAG